AAUUAUUAAUAAUAGAAAGAAAGCAAUUUCUGAAUAUCGUAAAUGUCGUGCAAUGCACCGAAAAAAUAUACUUGAAAUAAGAAAAAAGCAAAUAGCAAUACUUUCUACAAUAAUUGCUAGCAACCGGAGGAAGUGCUGGACUUUGAAAAGAACAAAGAAAUUCUGGAAAGUGGAUUGCCAGAAAAAUGGUCCAAAUUUUUUCAAAGAAAAUUUUCGCAUGAGUUUGGAAUGUUUUAAGGAGUUAUGUGAAUUAUUAAAAGGACUACAGAAAAGAGAUACAACCUUUCGAAUUUCAAUUUCUUUAGAAAAGAGAAUUGCUAUUGGCUUGUAUUGCCUUGGGUCGUCGGCUGAAUACAGAAGCGAAAUGAAAUGACAAAAAUGAUGUAGUGGAAAAAAGUUGGGUACGUGCUCUGAAAAAACAACAUCUGGUUUCAGAACGACAACAACCAGAAGAAGUUUCAGUAUUAAA